UUCCUAACAAUUCAAUUCAGUUAAAACUUUUAUUCCGAUUCAAAUGUCAUGAUAUAUAAACUUUUCUAAAUUCACCCAAUGUUUGACGCAUUUGAUUAUCGAUCGGUCAACAAUAUAAUUAGCCAAUGAGAAUUGAGUUACUGGUUAGUAACAACAGUUCAUUUCAUUCAAAAUCUUAAUUUUAUUCCAUCGUUGGUUUGAGAUCGACUAGUUAUAGUUACUUCACCUAAUUGCAAAAAAUAUUAGAUGAAAUUUUACCGAAAUGAAUACAUCAAAUGAAAAUGGAAUGAAUCGCGCUUCAAAAGCUGGGAUAAUUACUUGGGCCCUUUUGACUGAUCGAAAAAAUGUUAUUCUACUCAUCGCCUUUGGACUCGCAGUGGAUGGCUUAUCAUGGAUUAGAUACUUUGCGUCUUUACCGGGCAAAUUCGAUGCUCUAAGCCCAGUAUUAUUUGGCAUUCAGAAAUGUAUAUAUUCCGUCUUCAUUGUCUUACUUUGUGUUUUGAGAAACGAUUAUUACGAUCAGCUCACGCAGUUCGAACGUAAAACAAAGCUUCAACCAACACACACAACAGAUCGUUACCUAACCAAGAAUCGCUUCAUCUUUAAAGUCUAUUGGUUCUUAUAUAUUGGCAACUUCGUCGUAAUGGGAUCUUAUUUAUUCAUUAAAAGGCUGCAAGAAUCGCGAGUCAAUGUCAAUGUUAUACUCUUUUUUGGUUCAACAGCUAUUGGUUUCUUUGGUUCUCUUGCUUUUUUCCGUUUCUUUAUUGAAGCCUGUCUUUACAUUCAUACCUGUUUCAUGCGAGUUGAACACUCAAUAAACACAUUGAACAACUCGACAAGUGCCUUGUCUAUUGGUGACAUUCGGAAAGUUCGUCGCUUGUAUUGCUUUGCUGUUGAAACGACAGAAAAACUUAACUCUCUAUUCAUGCUUAUUACAGCUAUUUAUUUCGUGUUCAGUACCAUUAAAAGUCAUUUCUCGCUUGUUCGGGUGAUUCAUAAUCCAUCUCCUAUAAUCAUUUCAAUAUGUAUGGUGGAAUUUUCUUAUUAUUUCCUUGUAACCUAUCACAUGAUUUAUAUCAAUCACCUUGCAACCAGAAUCUAUCAAUCAGUUUAUUCACUUACAUAUAAAACUGAUUCAUUGUUUGCCAAUAAAGAGGUUCAUCUUUUCCUCCUUCGUAUUGAACGCGCUGAUGUUGGCUUUACUUUCCUGGACUUGUUUGUUAUCACACCAACUUGCGUUACUUCACUGGCUACAAUAUCAUUGACUAUUGCUCUGGCAACACCAGCGUUGCUCAAAUAAGUCAGUGCAGCAUUUUUUUCUGCGCUCAGAUCGCAUUCAAAUGUUUGUAAAAUUAAUGGUGUUUUUGAAUCGUAUUGAGCACAAUAGUAUGCAUUGUAUUUUACAAGAUCAAAUAAAGUAUAAACGCAUUCAAAAGCUAUCUUAUUCUUCACAUAAAAUCAGUCAAUUCUUAUUUUUUAUUUUGAAUCUAAUUGAUUAAAUCAAGUUCUUUUACAUAAUGCUUUCAAAGGGUGACUAUCGAUAUGCGUUUUUACGCUUAAACUUUUCACUCUCAGAGAAUAAACUCCUGAAGGAAAAUUAGAGAUCAAAUAACGGAUUGACCUUCAAUGACCUUGUGCUUUCGAACUUAUGAUUCUUAAAUCUGCAUAAGCUCAUGGUUCAAGUCUGAGUAAUUCAUUUGUGAGUUAUGCCUGCAGAAGGACGUAAAAUUAAAAGACGCCCGGUAUAAUGAAUUCAAGUU